UCCCCGUCCUCCGGGGGCGCCCAGACCCCCUUCCCCUGAGCUCGGCGGCAGCUCCCGACGACCCUCAUUGCCCGCCGCUCUUCCCCGCGGCCGCCACCAACCCCGAGGAGGGAUGACCCUCUCCGGUGGCGGCAGCGCCAGCGACAUGUCCGGCCAGACGGUGCUGACGGCCGAGGAUGUGGACAUCGAUGUGGUGGGCGAAGGCGACGACGGGCUGGAGGAGAAGGACAGCGACGCCGGCUGCGAAAGCCCCGCGGGGCCGCCGGACCUGCGCCUGGACGAGGCGGACGAGGUGACGCCGGCGGCGCCGCACCCCGGGCAGCCUCAGCCGCCGCACCAGCAGCCGGGGGCGCUGCCCAAGGAGGCGGCCGGAGCCGGGCCGGGGGGCGAGGCGGGCGCGUCCGAGGCCGACGGCUGCAAGGGCGGCGAGGAGGGCGGCGGGAACGGCGGCGGGCCCGGCUCGGGCGGCGGGGCGGCGGGCAGUUUGACCCCGAGCAAGCCCAAGAACAGCCUGGUGAAGCCGCCGUACUCGUACAUCGCGCUCAUCACCAUGGCCAUCCUGCAGAGCCCGCAGAAGAAGCUGACCCUGAGCGGCAUCUGCGAGUUCAUCAGCAACCGCUUCCCCUACUACCGGGAGAAGUUCCCCGCCUGGCAGAACAGCAUCCGCCACAACCUCUCGCUCAACGACUGCUUCGUCAAGAUCCCCCGCGAGCCGGGCAACCCCGGCAAGGGCAACUACUGGACCCUGGACCCGCAGUCCGAGGACAUGUUCGACAACGGCAGCUUCCUGCGGCGCCGGAAGCGCUUCAAGCGCCACCAGCAGGAGCACCUGCGCGAGCAGACGGCGCUCAUGAUGCAGAGCUUCGGCGCCUACAGCCUGGCCGCGGCCGCCGGCGCCGCGGGGCCCUACGGCCGCCCCUACGGCCUGCACCCCGCGGCCGCGGCGGGCGCCUACUCGCACCCGGCUGCGGCGGCGGCGGCGGCGGCGGCCGCGGCGCUCCAGUAUCCGUACGCGCUGCCGCCGGUGGCCCCGGUGCUGCCGCCCGCGGUGCCGCUACUGCCCUCGGGCGAGCUGGGCCGCAAGGCGGCCGCCUUCGGCUCCCAGCUGGGCCCCGGCCUGCAGCUGCAGCUCAACAGCCUGGGCGCUGCCGCGGCCGCCGCGGGCACGGCUGGCGCUGCUGGCACCACGGCCUCGCUCAUCAAGUCCGAGCCCAGCGCACGGCCGUCGUUCAGCAUCGAGAACAUCAUCGGUGGGGGGCCCGCGGCGCCCGGGGGUUCGGCGGCGGGCGCCGGUGGCGCCGGGGUAACUGGGGGCACCGGGGGCGGCGGGGCAGCUGCUCAGUCCUUCCUUCGGCCGCCCGGGACAGUGCAAUCAGCAGCGCUCAUGGCCACACACCAGCCACUGUCGCUGAGCCGGACGACGGCCACCAUAGCGCCUAUUCUGAGCGUGCCGCUCUCUGGACAGUUCCUGCAGCCCGCGGCUUCUGCCGCCGCCGCUGCCGCCGCCGCAGCGCAAGCCAAGUGGCCCGCGCAAUAGGGGCGCGCGGUGGCCGGGACGCGGGGCCGGGGCGGCAGCUGCGCUUCCCCGCUGGGCGCCCCGCCCCGGUCGCGGUCAACCUGCCCAAUCCCAGACUCUGCCUCUCCUCCAUUUCCUCCCUUCGACCCCUCAGCACCAACCUCCGCAGCCGCCACCCGCUCGCGCACACCUAGGCUGUCGGAGCAAACUCAGCGCGCGCCCUCCAGCCGGGAAUAGCUUUCCGUACAGGUAAAACCGAAAACCUAAUUUUCCAAAAAUGUGCCCAGACGGCGCCUGCUCUCAGUACCGUGAGGUUGGGAGGGAAAUUCUUUGUACAUAUUUGUAUAAAAAUUACUGACUUUCCUUUUGGGGUUUUUAUUUUUUUAAGAAAAAAACGAAUUCAGUAGAUUUAGAGCUCUGAACUUUCAUUUUUUUGAAGGUUCACUCUCCACAGUUUUAUGUGAGAAAAUGU